UACCCAUUGAUGAAUGCUUUCAAUUGCAGUCAAGUGACAGAACUGUUGAACCGGACGGGCAUACCGUCAGUGCAUUUGUUAGGCCCGCGUCCGGCCACUCAUUUGGACCGAAGGAGUGGUCGGGGAGUCUCUAAUCGACUGAAAGCUUUGGAGUAUUUGCGGCAGAAGUACACGAAUACGAGUGAAGAAGGGGUCAUAUAUUUCGCGGACGACGACAACGCCUAUGAUAUCAGGAUUUUCGAGGAAAUGAGAGCAACCAAAAGGGUGUCUAUGUUUCCGGUGGGACUCAUCGCCAAAUUGGGUCUCUCAACGCCUAUAGUCAGCAAUGAAACGGCAAAAAUCAUCGGUUUUCACGACCCCUUCAUAAGUCGUCGUAAAUAUGCUGUAGAUAUGGCCGGAUUUGCCGUCAAUUUACAGCUAUUCCUCAACAAACCAAAGGCAACGAUGCCUUACAAAGUGGGCUAUGAAGAGGACUACUUCAUCAAAAGUCUUGGCGUCCAGUUCCAUGAUCUCGAGCCCAUGGCUAACAACUGCACUCAGAUCCUCGUGUGGCACACGAAGACAUCUGCAGGAAUUGCACCCAACUAUGCAUACCUCACGCAUCAUAAGGACUACAACACCACAAACUUACCACAACUUUACGACAAUGUAUUCAAAUCAAUGGGACUGUAGUUUGCAAAGUGAACACCAAUUGUAAUAAUUAACUCAAAUUUAGUGCCAAUUAAUUUCAUUCAAUACUUAAUAUUUAUUUAUUUAUUAAUUGAUAAUAAAAUAUACGACAAAAUGAC